AUGGAUGAUCCCUGGGCAAAUGCAUGGGGAGAACCCGAAAAACCAGUCAUAGGGCAAGUAGUCCCAUCCGAGGUCUCCUGGGCUGAUCCUACAACUCGAAUUAUCCCCCACGAUGACCAAGAAGCCGAUAUUUCCUGGCCGAGUGGUGCAGACUUUCGCUGGUCGGACAAUUCUACCACGGACGGUUCACUCUGGAAUUCUGAACCAACUUUAACCACCGCCUGGGAACCACCACGUUCGCCAUAUGAAGGUAUAUCUCUGGGAAAGCUACCCACGCCAGACUUGGAGGCAACAAGUUCGACCUCGCCAAAAACUCAAUCAUCACCUAUACCCAAUGUCCACGAUCUAGAUGCUGCCGAACUUUCAGAAAACAAGUCUUACACCGAACCGCCAACUCCAACAUCACGCCCCUUAACUCCUAGAUCGAUUUCUCCUGCACCCGACAGCCCUGACGCGUUUGGGACCUUCGAAGCCGCGCCGGAAUCCGGCGAAGAGUCUUGGUCGGCCUCUGGGCCAACGCUCGCUAUUCCCUCAGCCGACGGAGACCCUUGGGGAGCUGCCUGGGAGACAGCUGAUUCCCCAGUUUCAACGCCUGCAGACGAACCAGCAGACGAAUGGGAGGUGGCCAGGAAAAUCAAAGAGAGACAAGACCGCCAUCUUCCACCAGAACUAUUAUCGUCUAUUUUGGAACUAUUUGUAGAACUUUCUCGUGAGAUAUGGCCAGAAGACAGCCCCAAGGGACCAGUUGCACCACCGAGCUUAGAGGAUAUAGGGUUGACGUCUAUGAUGAACAGACUUGUGCCCGAUAAUUUAACCCUUACACCCCAAGUGCAAACAUCCAAAACAUUCACGUCAAAGCAGAUAUCGGAGGCUUUGCGACUCACGAGACACCUCCCUUUGACGCGGAAAAGCCCAAUGGCGCUGUAUAUGGCGUCAAAGGGGUCCACAUCUUGGGAGGCUUCAGUAAAGGCUCAGCCGCAGCUCGCUCAAGAAGAUUUUACGCCGCCUGGCUGGAAAUUGGUUGAGAAGGUGGAACCAAGUCCCGCCGACGACGGCAAAAAAUCAGCUGGUGGCCUACUGUCAUUUUUCGGUCGUAAACCUACGAAAUCUAUGUCUGACAGCGUGAAUGUUGAACAAUCAGCUCCGUCCAGUAAACCUCCCAGUAGGUCGGCUUCACCAAAUCCCACGCAGGCAGGAGGAAGUUCGCCUCGAGGAAGCGUAGAUAGCGCUAAAUCUACUCCAGGAGUACUUCGAGGAGCAGUACCCUCUCCAACUCGUUUAUCCUUCAGUUCAAUAAAGGCUCCGGACCCUAACCCGAUCGCCACACCAGAAGCUAACACAGGUGACCAAAUCGAGGUUUCCUCUGAUCCUGUUCCUCCGUCUGCAGUGUCACGAUUCUUUGGUCGCUUCUCACGAACGGCGAAGACCCAGUCUUUAUCCAAUCCCCGGAACUCACUUGCCCUCUCUCAGGACGAUCUUGAAUUCUUAUCAGACGUCAUACCCAGUGCCCAGGACGACGUUGAUCACCAAACACAGCUCGACACCCUUACAGACAUGUUUGGUUCUUCACCCCUUCCAGGUACACUUCCCCCACCCUUGCCGCCUCCGCCUCGACUCCAGCAAAGCCGACCUUCAUCGUCGUUGAGUUCCAGCGUAGUCUCUCCCUCUAAACCCAAUAAUGACGACAUCAUGUCCCUGUUCGGUCCCUCCUCACUCGAUCGACAGUCCCCUGUCCCUGACCUUUUUGCGAUAAGCCCGUCGAACAAAGAAAUCGGCAAUUCGUCUCUAUCAUCUGCAAUACAGCCACUCCCCGUCAAGAAUGCGAUCCCACCCGCAGGUUCUAGUAACGUGCAUUCGACUCCCACGAACGACACAUGGCCCUCGUUCGAUUUCUUACCGCCUGCUACAGCGAAACCUCAAAGCCAUGUCCCACCAACUAAACGAAAGAUUGCUGCUAUUAUGUCUCAAACGCCCUCAGCAUCAGUACCCAACAUCUCCGCGGGGCUAGUGCCCAACUUGCCUGGGAACUUACCAUUUGCGAGUCCUCAACGUUUCGGAAAACCUACAGCCGUAGCCAUCCCAUUCCUUCCGCCACCUCCAUCGUCGCGCUCUCACACUCCGCAUCAACAACCUGCACCUGCUGCAAAAUUAAUCUUGGAAGACGAUGACGACGAUUUCUCGGAUUUCUUGUCGUCCCCUUCCCAAGCCAUCCUUCUGCCUCCGUCGUUUGGCUCAACCGCUACCUCUGUGUUUUCAGAACAAUCCAGCCAGGCAGUAUCUCAACACACCCUCGAUGACUUCGAUGCUCUCAUUAAGCCCACAAAGACCUCCUCAUUCCCUUCGCCACCUCCCACAAAGCCUCUACAGUUCAACCCUAGAAUACCACCGAGCAAAUCGCCACCUAGCAAAUCACACACCCUGCAUUCGGAAAAGAAACCAUCAGCGUCUCCACCGCCCCAGCAAACCCCUGCGCGAAGGGUAUCGCGAGCCGCUGAUCACUCGCGGACUCUCAGCCUCUUGGAGACAGCCGCCGCACGGGGACGGUGGCUGGAACCUCCCUCGCCGCUUCCAGAAGCUUUACCGCCUCCGGGAGCUUCUGCCCACUCCCACAAUCUUUUCUCCUCACAGUCGACGAUGGAAGCGCAACAGGCUAAAGCAACAGCUAGUUUUGCACCUCCCCUUCUUCCUUCUCGGACACCUACCACUACGCAACCCUUCCCUUCAUCCAAUGGCAACUUCCUCCAGCCCAUACCGACAAUGCGGCCUUCCUCUGUCUCUCCAGCCCCACCACCAAGGACUGUGGGUUCUUCUGGGGCAAAAACUGGGGGAUUGUCAGCACAGGACCUUUCUUUCUUCGAGGGAUUAUAA